AGAUUCAGUUGCGUUGAGAACAUUCAACUGAAACAUCAUGAUUGCCAUUCGCUUAUUUGCAUUUAUAUUCACCCUCACGUUGGUGAUGGCAGUGCCAAAACCAUUGGAAGAACCCAAACACAAAGAGUUUGAUACUUGCGGCGGUGACAGAGAAUUUCCACAGGGCGAGUGUCGCUACCCUGAGAAUUGUAACACUAUUGAAGAGUAUCUCAUGCAGAGAAAUAUCGGCUACAAUGACGUGCCUUCUUGUGGCUUUAACAGUCCGUUUAAGGGUAAAAUGAUUUGCUGCCCCAAAACUGAUACACAAAGAACGACUUCAGGUCCACCAAUAUUCCGCUUCACUGGAACUCAUCUGGUUACUAUGCGAUACUUCAAAAACGAGGGAAUGGAUGAUUAUGUGUACCGUUGUACGGGUGUUUUACUGUCCUCGUCGCAUGUUCUAGCGUCGAAACAAUGCGCUGGAGAGGAGGGAGAGGAGCUAGUUAGACCCAGCAGAGUAAAGUUGGGAUCCCAAGAUGCAAGAAGAGUAGACGAUAAAGCAGAUAUAAAAAAGGAUAUUAAGAAACUCACGAGUUACAAAAAUGAUUUGGUGCUCAUCAAGUUGAGAACGACACUUAACACAGCACAGCUGAUGGGAAAUGUCAGCAUAGCGAAACUCUGUCAUCCAGAUGAUCUGAAGGGUCACCCGAACUUCUUUGCUGCCGGUUACUCAUACAAUACGGAAGAAAACGAAAGCUGCACCAAAUUCACGAUGCAAUUGCAAAACCUUAAUCUCACCGAAUGCAACAAUGUGAAGGUGACGCGUCAAAUCGAAGAUUUGGCAACGGAUCAGUCACAUUUCUGCCUUCGCCCGUUACCCAUAUACAAGGAGGGCGAAGAGUGCUCAAAGUGUUUGACCGCGACAUCCAGCGUUCUUCAUGUGCAGCGUACGAAUGGUAGUCAGUGUGUGGCGGGCAUUGCCACGCCCACAAACAAUGAAUGCAUCGAGGAGGACAGUCCAUUGUACUUCACCAAUAUCCUGACAAAUUCAGUCAACGAUUUCUUUAAUGGCGUCAUUAUAGAAUAGAGUAAUUACAUAAGACGAAUGUGGAUGAUAAAAUAAUAAUAAUAAAGAAGAUAAGAACAGCAACAAAAUAUUGAAACGCCAACUUAAGAAGUCAAAAGUU